AUGGCCUCCCCUCUCAGCGACGCCUCUGCGGUGGCAGCCCAGCUGGUAGCAGCUGUGGCGGCGGCACGGCGCAUGGGGUAUGUGCCGGUGGUUGGCCUCAUGACGGCGGACCAGAUCGCUGACCUCAGCGACGCUGCGCAAGCUGCGCACCAGGUUUUGGAUGGCAUGGCAUCUGGAUCGACGACGGAAGGCGACGAAGAAGCUGACGACGUCGUGGUGAUGGAGCAGCCUGUGGUGGUUGGUGCGGCGGAGGUUGGGUCCCCGCCCGUUGGGUCUCCCACGGCGCACCCACACCAUCGGGAAGAUCAACGCCGGCCGCCACCGGAAGACCUGGCUCCGUUGCCUUCAUCGCCGGCCUCUGUGCCUGCAUCGGGGACCACCAUCCCAGCGGCGCCCUCGGACUAUUUCAUCGACGCUGCCACCAGGGCCAAGGCGGCAUCGCUUCUUGCAUCCAGGGCAGACACCUGGCAGGUCGCGGCGCUUACUUCAAUGCCAUCUUCUGGGACGGCGACCCCUGCACGCUCGGCGGCACGGGGGCCCCCCAACGCCAAGGAGAUCUUUGCGGCGACCGUCCUGGUACCUCCUCGGCGUCUGCUGGUCGACGCCCCUUCUUAA